GAAAAUCCGAAAGCUGUGCAGAGGACGGUAUAAUAUACGCAAUACUCUGAAAUCAAGCCUCCUUUUCAUUUUCGAUAACAUACGUUGUUGAAGACAUAAUGCCACCUAAGGAGAAGAAAACCAAGGAGCAGAUUGCCAAGGCUGCGGCCGCUGGUGGUAAGGGUAAGAAGAAGAAAUGGUCCAAGGGAAAGGUGCGUGACAAACUUAACAACGCUGUCUUCUUCGACAAGAACACCCUAGAGAAGUUUAUGAAGGAGGUGAAGACAUACAAGUUCAUCACACCGUCGGUAGUUUCGGAACGUCUUCGCAUCGGCGGCUCGCUAGCACGCGCUGCUCUUCGUGAUCUAGCCAAGGAGGGUCUAAUCAAGCCCGUGGUGCUUCACCAGUCACAGAUGAUUUACACUCGUGCCACCGGUGACGAGGAGGGUGUUGAAGCCGAGUAAACGACUCUGGAAGUAGCCCUGUAAGGUCCGAAAUAAAAAUUUUUUGGUGAGGAUAUGGCUGCUUAAUUGUAUUGAUGGCUGGUGGCAGCGCAAGCCCGGGGAAGGGUGUCGGCCAGGGUUGUUAUACCAAUGAGUACUAAUUGGAUCGGUUGGCCCAUGAACAAAUACGUUCUUCACAAUAGUUUUGUAAGUUGAUAGGUGUGAUAUCUUCAUAUGGAAGCCAUCAGUGAAAUACUGGGCGGUGAGUUGAUCAUGCAGGUAUGCUCUUCGAUUGCAUUAUCCUUGAUUUGGGCUUAAUGCCGUAUUUGAGAUAAGGUUUGGUGCUCAGCCUUUAUAUAUGGCAUCUUUAGUAAAUGUUUGUGGGACACAUAUUUAUUCGACGAUUUAGCCAAUAAUUGAAUAUUCAUUAUUAUUAUUAUUUUGUGAUGGGAUUCAUGAUGAUGAACUACUACUUCGCGAGUCAUUUCCAUCAUAUAUUGGAGCCUUAUCGGUAUUCUGCGACUGUUGCGUAACUCGUAGCACAAGUCAGUGGGAGUGGCAACGGUCAAUAUAUUCCGGUCGACCUGGGCUGUGUAAAACUCCCGAGUUAGGAGUUGGUCGGGCGCAAAAUAUUCAGCAGCUAUUGCGUUGAAAUGGGAGCACAAGCUGAUGCGAAUAUCAUAAUCAACGCAUGCUCUUGAACC